AUGGACCUUGUGAGAGACCGCCAAAACCUCAACAUUUGGAAUGCAAUUGACGCAAAGAAUUAUAAACAUGCGGUAAAGAUAAUCGACAAAAGACUUGCUAAAUCAAAUGAUGAGUACCUCGAGGCGUUCAAGCUUUAUAUACUCGGUCUGUCAGCCCAGUUCAAGAAUAAAUCAGUUAUACUUCAGAAUCUAGAAGAGGUGGCUUGUCGAAAACCACCUCUCUCAAAUCCGGAUGCCAUUGAAUUCUACGCCGAGAUCUUGGAAGAAGUCCUCCCUGGCUGCAACCAAACGUGGGCCAAGAUAGUUGGCGAACUAAAAUUUCAAUGUAUCAAAACAACACCUAAAAAGGAGGAUUUGUGUCUCAAGGGAUUUGAAGCCUGUAUACUCAAAUAUGAUCUAGACCACGCCAGACAGAUCGCAAAUAUAUUGGAAAAGAAUUUCCUCGAGAAUCAUAAAUAUCUUCUUUGGAAUGUGACAAUAAUGUUUCUUCUCUCAAUAUCAGAAGAAUGUAUCCCAGAUCAAAAGGUAUUAUGGGGCCGCUUAGCGUUUGCACAGAUUCUCAAGCUUGCUUCUGCGACUAGGUCAUGCACCAACCCUCUACAACUACCAGUGAAGUCCUUGCAAAAGCCUCAGGAAAUUCUCUUGUUGCACAGGUUACUAAAGGCAAAUAAUAAAAAAGAACAAAGUAUUGAAUAUCUUGAUGAUCCCCAGCUUGGCCCAGAGUCAAUAGUAGCCAAAAGUGAGUGGGAACUUUGGAUACUGAAACUUAAGCUAUUGGAAGAAUCACAAAACUGGCAGGAACUAUUUCAAACCACUAUCGGAUUACUUAAGCGUGCUCGCACGAAAGAUCAGUUUGGAAAUUUCGCCGAAGCUCGAUUAAGCGACUGGAUUGUGUGGGAUGCUCUUACUCGCUCUGCAGUUCACCUUAGAGAUCAUAUCUACUUCAGCAAGAUAAGGGCGGAGAUAGAAGCUCAUCUAAACCCAGAAUUAGGCAUCGAAAAAAGCUGGACUAGAAAUGCAUCUCUAUCUUGGGUUAAACUUCACUUCGAUUAUAUUACACCAUUCUCUGACGGUCAAGAUGAAAAUCAAUUCGGCACUUUAUCACUAAAGGUUGUAAUCUUGAUCAAAUAUCUGUACGAAUAUGGCAUUGCGAACAUUGCAUACAACGACCUUGGUCCUUAUAUAGAAAAAUUGGAUCAUGAAGAACGUAAUCAGCUCCUGAUUUCUCUAAAUAAAAGUAAUGAAAAUUCAAAUGUGGACUGCGCAAUAUUAAGGCAUAUGCUUCAAAAAGUCUCAAGCCUAGAUCUUACCACUACUGAUGAAAUAAAUCGUACUGUAAAUAACUUAAAGCUCAGGUAUCUUCUCUCGUGUCUUCAAACUGCUCAAAUCAAUCAGCAUAACACCACAAUAAGUGAACUUUUCAGCAGUCGGUUAAUCCAAAACUUAGAGAAAUUGAUACAGACAUACAAAUCAGCGAUUGAAAGUGAUAGGACUGUUGUUCAGACUCGUCUACCAACAGACCGACAUCCUGCUGAUGACCUCGCUAUUUUGGCCUCAGUAUGUCUGAUUAAGCUCGGAUUACACAACUCUGAUAAAAACAAUGAAUGUCUAGAGAGCAAAAAAAUAUCAUACAUGUUGCAGGCUACACUGCUACUUGAGUUUACAUGGACACACUCAAAGCAUAAUUUCCAGAUCUCCCUUUUGCUUGUGCGCCUAUAUUCCUAUUUAGGCUGUGGGUCACUUGCGAUGAGAUCCUACCAACGUCUUGGAUUGAAACAAAUCCAGUUAGACACUCUAUCCUAUACCUUAUUUGAUAGAAUAUCAUCUCUUCAUCCACAUCCCUACGAACAUGUGCUAAUAGGAUUGAGCGACAAACGCUCUCCAUCUGAACAUAUUAAAAAGCAGCAAAAGUUCUUCAGGAAUGUUAAGCAACAGAUAUCGAAAAAUAUUGGGCUUUCAUUUAAACAUGAGAGUUAUAACUCCAUAUUUGAAAUAAAAGAGGUAUCUGAUAGGCUUUCAAGCAGUAUCACCGCCAUUUCAGGCGUGAUCGAGGGCAGAAAGAUUUCGCGGCUUGUAACCCCGGAAGUCACUCUAGAGCCUCUUCCUCAGAAAUACGCAGAAAUUGCGAAAUUCGAUGGAAAGAGACUCAGCAACAACAAUGAUUACAACUCAUUUCCUACUUUUGAACCUGGAAAUGGUCCGAAAUUCUCCGAAAUUUGUAACUUUCUGCCUCCUCCCUGUAAAUACAGAUGCCAAAGUUCUGUUUUCAGGGAACAUCUUCUCAGUAUUAUUUCUUCGCCCGAGAAGACUAACAACGAGCAUGCACGAGACCUAGAAUGGCUUCGAGGGUACAUAUCGAACCCGCUAAUUGAUCGUCAAUCCGAGGAGGCCAGAAUGACUCACAGUGAAAUGUUAGCCCACCGUAUUUUCCGUACAAUGACCCUAAUUAUUGCCGAACCAUAUGAUGACCCUUAUUGGUCUGACGAAACCUUCCAACAGCACAUACGUGGGUUCAACGAGAGUCUACUAGACUACUUAGCAUCUUACCAUCAGCACAUCUCUGAAAUUAAUUCUACAACUCCAGCUUUUCUAAAUACGUUAAAUGCGCUCUUCACUGCGCACGAAACUGGCACGGCGUUGCUGAAGUUCUGCUCCUACUUACAAAAACGCUUGAGCUAUACUCAUGAUUCUUUACGACAAAUACAUCAAAACUUAAAUGUGAAAGCAAAGGCACUCAUAACAAAGGUAGUUGAAAAAUGUACUAAGAUCAAGACUGCCUUAGACGACUGUGGAUGGAUUGAUCGGGUGCUUUUUGGAACACACGGUGAAGUGAAGAUGUUAGUAGGCGAACUAUUUAUUGAGGAAUGGGCAGGAGUGGUUGUGGAAAGCUGGAGAGAAAAUAUCAAAGGGCUCGGAUACCUAAAGGAAGCUGAAACAUGA